AUGGAGGAGUUCCAGCAUCAGCUGCUCACUGUUAUUGGGGCUCUGAUCUGUUUCUGUACUCUGGUAAAAUGCAUCCGAUUUCUGAAAUAUAUUUUCCCACAUACUUGGAAUGCUUUGCCUCAGGCUUUCUUUCGGUCACUGGGAGAAUGGGCAGUGGUCACAGGAGCAGGAGAUGGGCUUGGAAAAGCAUAUUCCUUUGAGCUGGCAAAACAUGGACUAAAUAUAGUUAUGAUAAGCAGAACUCUUGAAAAACUUCAGAGAUUAGCCACUGAAGUUGAGCAGGCCACAGAUCAAAAGGUAAAGAUUAUACAAGCUGAUUUCACUAAAGAUUCAGUAUAUGAGAAUAUUGAAGAAAGUCUUGAAGGCCUGGAAAUUGGUGUUUUGGUUAACAAUGUUGGAAUGCUUCAUAAUCCUCUUCCGUGCCGUUUCCUUAAUGGACCAGACAUAGAUGAGAACCUCAUCAGCUGCAACAUUAUUUCUGUUACAAAGAUGAUACAAAUAAUUUUGAAACAAAUGGAGCCAAGACAGAAAGGUCUUAUUCUGAAUCUGUCCUCUGGUCUGAGUACUUUCCCUUGUCCAUUAUAUACAAUGUACUCAGCUUCUAAGGCUUUUAUAUGCACUUUCUCCAAAGCACUGCAAGCAGAAUAUAAGGAAAAGGGAAUUAUCAUACAGGUAGUGGCUCCUUAUGGUGUUUCUACUCCAAUGAUAAUGUACCAAAAACCUAAUCUUAUCACAAAGAUGGCGGAAGAGUUUGUUAGUGAAUCACUGGUUUAUGUCACCUUUGGAGAUGAGAUUUUUGGAUGUUUAGCCCAUGAAAUAUUGGUAAUUGAAUUUGAUAGUUUGCGUGCAUCCUGCAGCUCAUCCCUUUACCGGUAUUCCACAGUGACAGACUUCAAGAAACAGUCCUGCAUGUAUUUACCAGGCUUUAACAAAUGCCGGGUGCACCACGGCCGGCGCCACCACACUGCGGGGUCGCUGCGGCCUGGGGGCGCACCCUCCAAUGACCCCGUGAUUGACAAGGCCAGACGAAGGCGGAGUGACACCGCAGACCCACACCACAAACAUCUCGGCGCUGUGGAGCCAUUCCCCGCAGAACGACCCGUUCAUGGGCGCAUCGUUGCCAACGGAGCAGUGCUGCGGGCUGAGCACGAGGUCACCUGGGGAUGCGCGCACUGCUAUUGCCUAGAGCCGUACGGCUUUGGCAUAGCUGGGGGCUGGCAUGGUUCUGACCGGCUAUAA